AUGGCGCGUACUAAACAGACUGCGCGCAAGUCGACCGGUGGUAAGGCCCCGCGGAAGCAGCUGGCCACCAAAGCGGCUCGUAAGAGCGCACCGGCCACAGGCGGCGUCAAGAAGCCGCACCGCUACCGCCCGGGCACCGUGGCGCUGCGCGAGAUCCGGCGCUACCAGAAGUCGACCGAGCUGCUGAUCCGCAAGCUUCCCUUUCAGCGCCUAGUACGCGAGAUCGCGCAGGAUUUCAAGACCGACCUGCGAUUCCAGAGCUCGGCCGUCAUGGCGCUGCAGGAGGCGAGCGAGGCCUACCUAGUGGGGCUCUUUGAAGACACCAAUUUAUGCGCUAUCCACGCCAAGCGCGUCACCAUCAUGCCCAAAGAUAUCCAGCUGGCUCGCCGCAUCCGUGGGGAGCGGGCUUAAAAUGCCGGCUUAAGCAAACAUCCAAAGGCUCUUUUCAGAGCCACCCACGUUUUCUUGAAAAGUGCUGUACCGGGUUUUCACUUACGCCGUAUCACAUCAUACCCCAGUGUUGUGGGUAAUGGUACGUUUAUCAAAAUCCUGAUUUGGUUCUACCAGUAACAUUUUCGGAGGUGCUGUCUCAAUGUUAGCAUAAAUAUGAGUGCAUAAGUUAACAUCUUUUGGAAAGCAAAAGUAUUUUCGGAUUCUCUGGGUUUUAAAUUGUGGUUUCUGGAGCCAUGCUGGAUGUUAGGUUAAAAUCCUUGUUUCCCAGGUAGUUCGUUAGGAUUUUAACUAGUAAGAAUGGGGUAAGAGACAUGGUAAUGGGUUCGUAGAUGCGUAAGAUCCCGAAGACGGGAGUGAAUAGAGACCAGUUACUUACAUUACUAAGCCUUUUAUUGGUCGUUUAAGAAGUAUGUAAGUCCAAUUUUUACUUUAGUAUGUUCCUCACUGCAUAAUACAGGUGGCAUAAACCAAAAUGGAAACUUCAGGGAAAUAAUGCCUGGAAAUUUAAAAUAAAAUGCACAGAGCAAAACUGCAAGACUAAGAUACUUAACGUGCCUAGCCGGCGCUGCAGAUCCCUUCCAUAAAUUAGUCUACCUGGAAAGUGAAAGCCAAUAGCAAACAAGGCCCCCAAACUAGAAACUAUCACUUGACAUAAUUUACUGGUUAGUGUGAAGUGGGACAUUUUGAUUGGCUAACAAGACUUUUGUUUAAUGACCACUGAGGGAAAGCGAGCAGUAUCUUAUUUACAUGAGCUCCACC